UAACUCAAACAAACAUUCAACAUGAAAGGUAUUAGAAAGUGUAAAGAAGCUCCUUCAACAGAUUUAUUAGUCUGUUUUCCUUCAAGAGCUCAUCUAACACUUAUGCCAAGUCCAGCCUCUCAUCAUCACCAUUUAAAAAGAUCAAACACAAGAGGUAUUGGACCUGCUGGCCAAGCUAGUCCUAUGUUAUGGAAAAGGACUGAGAUUUCUGAGCCAACAUCACCAAAAGUCACUUGUGCUGGACAAAUCAAAGUAAGACACAAGCCGAAAACAUGUAAGAUCAAGAAUUGGCAAUCAGUAAUGGAAGAGAUUGAGAAGUUACAUGUUAAGAAGCAAAAAAAGAAAAAACUUGUUUGGAAUAUGGAAGGUGUUGGAUUCAAGAAAGACGCGAUGCAGUUGUUGACAUGUUUGAGGAAUAUAAGAUUUGAUUUUCGAUGUUUUGGAUCGUUUCAUACUGAUGAAACAGAUGUUAUCACUUCUGAUGGUGAAGACGAAGAUCAGGAAGAUGAAGAAGAAAAUGAUGAUGAAGCGAAAACAGCAUCAAGAACUGUUUUCUCUAAGUGGUUUAUGGUUUUACAAGAAAACCAAAAAACAGAGGAAACAGAGCAUGCCAAAAAAACAGAGGAAACAGAGUACUCUGUUUUUGGUCAUAAUGAUGCUCCACCACCAAACGCACUUUUACUUAUGCGUUGUCGUUCUGCUCCAGCAAAAGGUUUGCUGGAGCAGAAACACAAAGACAACGACAAUGAUGAUGAUCAACGAAAGAAUGAAAAAUCAAGAACGGAGAAUAAUAAUAAGAAGAAAAGCUUAGUAGUGAUGAGAUAUGGGAGUGAUUUCUACAAAUUUUCAUCUGAUAUAUCAAAAGAAAAUUGGGUUGUGGGUGGAAUUAAAGAUCCAUUUUCAAGAAGUCGAAGUUCGAAGAGGUAAUUAGCAUUCAUGAUGAUCAAAUUUCAAGGUCAUUUCUCUUUGGCCAAUAUAGCAGGAUCAAUAGUGUUCUCACUUAUCCUCCAAUACGUGACUUGAAUCUUCAACCUAC